AUGGCAUUAAGAUUUCCGAGGUUUAGCCUCGGCUUAGCUCAGGACCCCACUACUCGUCGUAUUUGGUUUGGUAUUGCUACCGCACAUGACUUCGAGAGUCAUGAUGAUAUUACUGAGGAACGUCUUUAUCAGAACAUUUUUGCUUCUCAUUUUGGGCAGUUAGCAAUAAUCUUUCUGUGGACGUCCGGAAAUCUGUUUCAUGUAGCUUGGCAAGGAAAUUUUGAGUCAUGGAUACAGGACCCUUUACAUGUAAGACCUAUUGCUCAUGCAAUUUGGGAUCCUCAUUUUGGUCAACCAGCUGUAGAAGCCUUUACUCGAGGGGGUGCUAUCGGCCCAGUGAAUAUCGCUUAUUCCGGUGUUUAUCAGUGGUGGUAUACAAUCGGAUUGCGCACCAAUGAGGAUCUUUAUACAGGAGCUCUUUUUCUAUUAUUUCUUUCUGCUAUAUCCUUAAUAGCGGGUUGGUUACAUCUACAACCCAGAUGGAAACCAAGUGUUUCGUGGUUCAAAAAUGCCGAAUCUCGUCUCAAUCAUCAUUUGUCAGGACUUUUCGGAGUAAGUUCCUUGGCUUGGGCAGGACAUUUAGUUCAUAUCGCUAUUCCCGGAUCCAGGGGAGAGUACGUCAGAUGGAAUAAUUUCUUAGACGUAUUACCGUAUCCUCAAGGGUUGGGACCACUUUUUACGGGUCAGUGGAAUCUUUAUGCUCAAAACCCUGAUUCGAGCAGUCAUUUAUUUGGUACUUCCCAAGGAGCCGGAACUGCCAUUCUAACCCUUCUUGGGGGAUUCCAUCCACAAACACAAAGUUUAUGGUUGACCGAUAUUGCUCAUCAUCAUUUAGCUAUUGCAUUUAUUUUUCUCGUUGCUGGGCAUAUGUAUAGAACUAACUUCGGAAUUGGACACAGUAUCAAAGAUCUUUUAGAAACACAUAUUCCUCCGGGGGGUCGAUUAGGACGUGGGCAUAAGGGUCUUUAUGACACAAUCAAUAAUUCGAUUCAUUUUCAAUUAGGUCUUGCUCUAGCCUCUUUAGGGGUUAUUACUUCCUUAGUAGCUCAACACAUGUACUCUUUACCUGCUUAUGCAUUCAUAGCACAAGAUUUUACUACUCAAGCUGCCUUAUAUACUCAUCACCAAUACAUCGCAGGGUUCAUCAUGACAGGAGCCUUUGCUCAUGGAGCUAUAUUCUUCAUUAGAGAUUACAAUCCGGAACAGAAUGAGGAUAAUGUAUUGGCAAGAAUGUUAGACCAUAAAGAAGCUAUCAAAUCUCAUUUAAGUUGGGCCAGCCUCUUUCUCGGGUUCCAUACCUUGGGCCUUUAUGUUCAUAACGACGUCAUGCUCGCUUUUGGUACUCCGGAAAAACAAAUCUUGAUCGAACCCAUAUUUGCCCAAUGGAUACAAUCCGCUCAUGGUAAGACUUCAUAUGGGUUCGAUGUACUCUUAUCUUCAACGAAUGGUCCAGCAUUCAAUGCUGGUCAAAGCAUAUGGUUACCUGGCUGGUUGAAUGCUGUUAAUGAGAAUAGUAAUUCACUCUUCUUAACAAUAGGUCCUGGAGAUUUCUUGGUUCAUCAUGCUAUUGCUCUAGGUUUGCAUACAACUACGUUGAUUUUAGUAAAAGGUGCUUUAGAUGCACGUGGUUCCAAGUUAAUGCCAGAUAAAAAGGAUUUCGGUUAUAGUUUUCCUUGCGACGGCCCAGGGCGCGGCGGUACUUGUGAUAUUUCUGCUUGGGACGCAUUUUAUUUGGCAGUUUUCUGGAUGUUAAAUACCAUUGGAUGGGUUACUUUUUAUUGGCAUUGGAAACACAUCACAUUAUGGCAGGGUAACGUUUCACAAUUUAAUGAAUCCUCCACUUAUUUGAUGGGAUGGUUAAGAGAUUAUCUAUGGUUAAACUCUUCACAACUUAUCAAUGGAUAUAACCCUUUUGGUAUGAAUAGUUUAUCGGUAUGGGCAUGGAUGUUCUUAUUUGGACAUCUUGUUUGGGCUAUUGGAUUUAUGUUCUUAAUUUCCUGGCGUGGAUAUUGGCAGGAAUUGAUUGAAACUUUAGCAUGGGCUCAUGAACGCACACCUUUGGCUAAUUUAAUUCGAUGGAGAGAUAAGCCAGUGGCUCUUUCCAUUGUGCAAGCAAGAUUGGUUGGAUUAGCCCACUUUUCCGUAGGUUAUAUAUUCACUUAUGCAGCUUUCUUGAUUGCCUCUACAUCAGGAAAAUUUGGUUAA